AGAUAUACAUGACUUUAGAGCAUUUGAAAAUUUGCUGAAACCAAUAAAAGCUGGUGGAAUAUAUUUUCGCUGUAGUUUCGACCUGAAAAAAUACAUAUAAACAAAGAAGCAGACUUGAGAAAGCAUAUCUAACGGCGUCCAUAAAUACCAUAACAGCGUUAGCAUUACAACAAUAAAAAGCAAAAAAAAAAAACAACUCUACAUUUAUAGCUAAACAAUCAAUUGCAAGCGGCAACAUGUUUUUGCGUCGUUGCACAAUUUACCUCAUCGUUUUGCUGCUGGUGGCAAGCACCGCGUCCGCGGCACGUAAAACCAAACGUCCGGUUAAGCCGGCCAAAACCUAUCCGCGCAACAAUAUAACACCAGCACCACCAGCUGCCCCAGCCGCUGCGGCUAUAGCCGGUGCCAGCACAGGCGCGUUGGCCGCUGGUAGCGUUGCAGCCGCCGCACAACAAACUGCCGCUGUCACCACACCGGCUGGCGGCAGUAGCACAACGCAUGCGCCGCAAAGCAUUAGCAGCAGCAGCAUAGCUACGCCAACACAAAUUGGCAGUGGCAAUUAUGCCGGCAGCGCAGCUGACGAUGAGAGCACCGGAAGUGAUGGCUUUGUGGCCGGCAAUGAGCUGCCUAAGCCGAUGACACCAUUGUCGGAGGCCAGCACCGGCAGCACUGGCGCUGCGGCGGCAUCCGCUUCGGCUGAGAGCAAAACCGAUCGUCCCGCGGCCACGUUAUCGCCCAUCGAAGAAGACUGUGAUCCGGAUAUGAUUGGAUUUGAGAUUAUCACUGGUUAUGUUCUCUCGGCGCCAACUAAAUUGCUUGACACGCUGCCCGGCAUACUGAUGCUGACUGAUUGCUUGGAGGCAUGCCAGGCGAACGAAUCAUGCAGUGCAGUUAAUUACGAGACCGGUCUAUGUGUAUUAUUUAGAACCACCGCUGAUGUAUUGCCAGGUUCACUUUCGCGUUCGCAGUUUCCAGUUUUCACCAUUUACGCACAGAAAUCCUGUUUGGGCGUGCGUCCCUGCUCGAAGGCCUGGUGCAUUGAUCGCGUUCAAGGUUAUCGUCUAGUGGAGCAUGUCAAAUCUAGCCAGACUGUCUACUCGCGCCGUGACUGCUUGGAACUGUGCUUGGGCGAAACUGAAUUCACUUGCAGAUCCGCCAACUUCUACCGUCACUCUGGUUUGUGCGAACUCUCCGAUAUGGAUCGUAUUACUUUGACUGGCGCUAAUAAUGUGGAACCCUAUGAUGGUGCCGAUUACUUGGAGAAUAAUUGCGCUGAGGAACCCAGCAAGCUGUGCGAAUUCAAACGUAUCUCUGGCAAAAUUUUGAAAACUGUCGACUCUGUGUAUCAGGACAUCAACAGCAUCGAUGAGUGCCGCGACUUGUGCUUGAACUCACCCUACAGAUGCCAUUCAUACGACUACAAUGACACUGGCGAUAUGGUCUGCCGUCUCUCGCAUCACAGCCGCGCCACGCUCACCGAUGUGCUCGACCCCUACUUGGAUGUGCCAGAGGCUGCCACCUAUGAACUCUCCUCCUGCUACAAUGUCUCCAUUGAGUGCCGCUCUGGCGAAAUGAUCACCAAAAUACGCACCUCAAAACUGUUCGAUGGCAAAGUCUACGCUAAGGGCUCACCCAAAUCGUGCUCGGUCAAUGUAAACAAUUCACUUGAAUUCGAUUUCCGCAUGGGCUACAACGAUCUCGAGUGCAAUGUGCGUCAGAGCGCCUAUGGCCGUUACAUGAACGAUAUUGUCAUUCAACAUCACGAUAUGAUUGUGACCUCCUCCGAUUUGGGUUUGGCUGUCUCAUGUCAAUACGAUCUGACCAACAAGACGGUUUCGAAUGAUGUUGACUUGGGUGUUACCGGCGAAAUUGAAUCAUCACUCAGCGAAGAGAUCAUUAUCGACUCACCGAAUGUGAUCAUGAAGAUCACCUCACGCGAUGGCAGCGACAUGAAACGCAUUGCUGAAGUUGGUGAUCCGUUGGCGCUGCGCUUCGAAAUUGUCGAACAGAACAGUCCUUAUGAGAUUUUCGUGCGCGAAUUGGUCGCUAUGGAUGGCACAGACAAUGCUGAGAUCACGCUGAUCGAUGCCAACGGUUGCCCCACCGAUCAAUACAUCAUGGGCGCCAUACAGAAAAUGUCGGCCAAUCGCAAGGUGCUCGUUUCGCAAUUCGAUGCCUUCAAGUUCCCCUCCUCCGAAGUGGUGCAAUUCCGCGCGCUUGUCACACCCUGUAUACCACGCUGUGAGCCAGUGAUCUGCGACAAUGAGGAUGCUGUUAUGGGCGGCGCUGAUGCCAAAUCGCUUGUGUCGUACGGACGCAGAAGGCGUUCGGUGGCAAAUGGAACUGAUGGCGCUGAAUUCUUGUUAAGUACAAUUGCGCAUGCGCAACGUGAGAAACGCGAUGUGAACGGCAACAGCAAAAACAAUAACAAUGUAAGUGACAACAAAAAGCCCGCCGCCGAUGACAACAUACUGCUGGUGCAAUCCAUUCAAAUCACCGAUAAAUUUGGCUUCAAUCAAGAGGAUGCCGACGCGUUGGGCGCCGAUCACAAACUGUACGCCGGCGACGAUGCGCUCACCUGUCUCAACGGUUAUGGUCUCAUUGUGGCCGGUGCACUAUUCCUGCUAGCCCAAUUCACCAUCUUCAUCAUCUGGAAGACCGUGCAGAAGCGCUCGAAGAAGGAACGCUACCUGUACCAACACGAAUCGGCAGCGGCCGCCGUCAACUAUGGCGCACCCACUAUGGUCUACGGCCAAGCGAGCGGCUCACACUGCGGCGGCGUCACUGUGGCCUCGCACUCGGGCUCCAGCAAUGCCAGCGACACGCUGGGCAAGCUCUACGACAGCGGCAUGACGGGACGUUAUGGACAGCAAUAUUGAAGGCCAACUGAUGGAACGGCGGGUGGGAGAAGCUAAAAGUAUUCCACACAAUUAACUAUGCAUAAAAUUACACUAGAAACAAAAGAGAUAAAAAAAACAGCAACAAAAUAUAGGACAUACAUACAGACAUGCACACGAACAAACGCAAAGCGUUACACAUAUACACACACACAUGGCGUUAUAUAGAGCAAAAAUACACAAAAUCACACAUAUAUAAGAUAUAUGUUCACACAUACAUAUAUCACAAGAUGUUCGAGGCUUAGGCGUUAGUUGUCCUUAUCUAUAUUAUAGGCUUCACUUUUUUUACUUUUAUACCGAAAAAAUGGAAAUUAAUGGAAAGAAAACUGGCAAAACUUGCGCAAAAAAAUUACCUUUUAUAUACCGUUAGUAGCAUAUUUUAGUUCUAAGUAAAGUAGUUUUAUAUUUAGAAAAGAAAAAUCAAGACUUUUCCGACUUCAUAGCGUUUGUGGGGGUUAAAGUAAACACACACAAAAGUCAAAAGUAGAAAUUUUGAGACAUUAUUAUUUCACUUUUUCCCCCCACUCUACGCAUAUCUAUCCAAACUAGUAAACUAAUUGCAAUGGCAAAACUUGCUUAGCACUUAAAAAAAAAAUUAUAUAAAUAAAUUUACUUUAGUUUAAGCUAAUUUAGUUAAGGCGGGUGAGAAUUACCUAUUCGACAGUAGUGAAAUGCCAGCGUAUGCGCGCUUCUAACGGUGAUUUCCGACGGCCGUAAGCGCACGAACCGACCAACAACAAACGAGUGACUAUAAAAACUAAUGAACCGUUAGACUGAAGACUAAAAAUACACACACACACACACACUACUUUACGCAUACACGAAUGCUGUUGGUUCGUUGGUCCACGUCUCGAGCUGGGAUCGCUGUUUAGGACUGCGCAUUGUGAGCAAAGCAAAGGAGGAGAAAUUAUUUAAAAAGAAUUCUAUGUUAACAAGACACAAAUAAAAUGAAAAUAUAAAACUAAUUCUGUUUUCUUAGUAAAAUGCAAGCUAGUUAAGUUAGUAAUUUGCACUCACAGGUGCAGUGAACACAUAUUUAUGGCUAAUAAAAUGUAAAAAUUAGGCAAUAAAAUGAGUGAAACAACAACAACGAAAACGCAUGCCUAAUGCACACUACACCGUUAGUUAGUUAGAGUAGGCCUAGCGCUUUCCAUAUUUAUUGCACAGUUGCGCUUCUAAGCAACAACAACAUAUUUUAUGAGCGCAAACACACACGCACACACAUAGAAAUACAUAUAUGCAUACACAUAUGCAUAGAAACACACACAUGCACACACCUGUAACUGACACUUAGUCAAAAAGUAUUAAAGGCAGCAAUAAGCAAUAGCAAAACGGCGCGAAUUUCCUACGUAAUUUUGUAUCAAAAUACGUAGGCGGUUCCUCAACACAACAACAACAAUUUUCAACAGCAUUUUUCCAUGGAAAACAAAAAACACCCAUAAGUUUGUGUGAGCGCUCACUAAAAGCAACAAAAAAUUAUAAAAUUAUCUUUAACUAUUUAUUUUACUUAUUUAUUUAACUUAUUUAUGCUAUUUGUUAUUUAUAACUGUACUCUUCUUCAUAAGAAACACACACACACACACAUGCUUGCAUCCGCUUAUGACUACGGUGCUCUUUAGUUAGCCGUAUUUUACCUUACAUAUGAUCAUUAUUAUUUAUAGUAGAAUUUACUAAACGAAGCACUUUAAAUAAUUAAAAAUGAAAUGCAAUUUAAAUAAAUAUAAAAGCAGCGCGUGUUGUAAGUAGCAGCAGAGCAGUCUAUAAACAACGCGGCAAGCAAUUCUAACUUAAAUGGAUCCAUUUGACGUCUUUAUGAAGUUGCUUAGCGGAAUUGCAAUAAUUUAAACAAAAACAAAAAAUAUAUAUUUAAAUAAAAAAAGACAAGAAAAAAAACUAACGCAAUACAUUUAAUGAAUGCAUUAAUUAAAUGUUACUAUUUAGCUUUAGUCUUUUUAUACGAAUUGUACUGAUUAAGUCU